UUGUAUGUUCCGGUUGAGUGAUUAUGUUAAUUUUGUGUUAGAGAUUUUCCUGGUUUGCCGUGCGUCGUGUGAGAACAGUGGAUAAGGCUUUAGGAGUAACACCGAGUGCUUAAGGUUGCAGCCAUGGCGAUACCAGGUGUAUUGCCUCUAUUCGUCCUCUCGGUACUCCUCAGCCGGACCGUUCUCCUCAAUGCUGUUCCAUUUACAACCGAUAAGGCCGCUACAGCUGAUGUGGCCGCUACAACCGCUACGGCCGAUGUGGCCGCUACAACUGUUGACAUCAAACCCACCAUUACUUACAACUACACUAAUGACGUCAAAGAUGCUUUUAGAAUUGCAUUGGCACAAUUGCACAAUAAUAUUGGAAAAACUGCAAACAAAGACAUGACAGCCACUAUGAGACCCGAUUUCCAUACGCUGUGUCCUGUCCCGAGAAGGGAAUCCGAGACUCAAGCAGAUUUCAAGGUGGCGGCACUUGGCCUUGACGCCAUUCAACAAUUAAGUAAAAGUGUUGGGAUUUCGGCUGAGGAUAUUCUCAAAUCAGAACAGUGGCGAGAUUCGCUGGGAGUGGAGUUCCGAAAGUAUUGUGAUGAGAAAGCGUCUCACUUUCACUGUGAUCCCAGGUCCCCUUACAGGACGAUUGAUGGCUCAUGCAACAACAUAGGACAUCCGGCUUGGGGUAUGACGGGAAUGCCCCAAAAGAGAUUCCUUUCUCCAGCGUACGAUGACGGUUUCAAUUCCCCUAGGUCACGUGCCGAGGAUGGCACGCCCCUCCCUAGCCCCCGGGACAUCAGUAACAUUCUCCAUCAGUCCACUGGGAAUCAGACGUACGAGUCCAAACUGACCGUGAUGCUGAUGACCUGGGGUCAGUUUAUCAACCAUGAUAUUGUUGGUACUCCACUCAUCAAAGACGAUAACGGCAAUUCACUCGAUUGCUGUGGACGAGACAGUACCAACCCCGCCUGUUUACCUAUCGACAUACCCUUAGACGACUCCUACUUCCAGUCUUCCUCCUGUAUGAACUUUGUCCGGGCGGCCCCGGGCGCGGGACCAGAGUGCUCUAUUGGUGAGAGACGCCCAAUAAACAAGGUCACUUCAUACCUCGAUGGCUCUGCAAUUUACGGGUCGACCCAGGCAGAGGAAAGUCGCUUACGUAAAAUGGAAUAUGGUCUCCUACGAGAAGGCCACCACGGCCUUCUUCCUCCAGCCGGAAAUGACAACUGUAUUCUGCAGAGGAAAGGACAACAAUGCCAAAUGGCAGGUGAUGAGCGUUCGAAUUUAGUGGCCUCCAUUGGUGCCUUACAUACUCUGCUCAUGCGCGAGCACAACCGAAUUGCUCUGAAGCUGCACGAGAUCAAUCCGAUGUGGGAUGACGAAAAACUCUAUCAAGAAACGAGAAAGAUCGUCGCCGCUAUCAUCCAACACAUCACAUACAACGAAUACCUGCCUUUGAUUAUAGGAAAACCCUUGGUUAACUAUUAUAACCUUGACGAUACAGAAUUUGGACACAUCGUGUCCUACAAGGACUACGUUGACGGGGGUGUCGCCACAGGCUUUGCAGCUGCAGCAUUCAGAUUUGGACACUCUCAAAUCCCUAAAAAACAAACGUACAUUGGACCUAAGUUUGAAAAGAAGAAGGGUGUGGUCAUUGAAAAGACCUUCCACAAGCCAUACUACCUACAAAGAAGCAAGCAUUUUGGUUACGAGGGAAUUCUUAGGUGGCUGAUCACGGAUCCGAGUCCCAUGGCCGAUAGGUACAUUGAAGAUGGCGUCCGCGAUAAACUUUUCAUGUUACAAAAUAUCAGCCUGGAUUUGGCUUCAAUCAAUAUUCAGAGAGGACGUGAACAGGGACUGCCAUCUUAUAACACUUGGCGGAAGUGGUGCGGAUUGUCGGAAGUGACGUCAUUCGAAGUCAAGCGAAAUGGUGGCUUAGCAGAUCAUGACAACGAAACAGCAGCCGUAUUGAGCGAAUUGUACAGAAGCCCCAAUGAUAUCGACUUAUAUUCUGGUGGAGUAUCGGAGGUCCAUGUUGACGGUGGAAGUGUUGGACCAACAUUUGCAUGUAUCAUUUCACGACAGUUCAGUGCAUUGAGGGUGGGAGACCGCUACUGGUACGAAAAUAACGACACAACGACAGGGUUCACAUCGGGCCAGCUGGAUUCUAUUAAGAAAAUAGAGUUAUCAAAGUUGAUUUGUGAAAAUAUGGACAUCCCGGAUAUCCAACGAACAGCCUUCCUCACACCUAAAAUAAGUGGGAGACACACACGCCAUAUUCCAUGUUCUUUCCUUCCCGACUUAAAGUUCAAAGAAUGGCUCGAUAGGACACCAAAGUGGGCUGGAAAACAAACGCCACUGCCGUCAUCAGCACCCCCAACUGCUGAAGCUACGCUUGCUGCCGAAAAGCCAACUGUUCCGUCAAAAACAGUUAACACUGUUACCGAUGUUAAACCAACCGCAGAAAUUGUAGCCGACAAAACCACAGCAGUAGCUGCCUAACAGCCAUCUCGCCAAGUUAUUCGCUCUUUGAUUUUAAUGGUAGACACUUGGUAAUAAAAUAAUAUGUUGUUUAU